UGGCAGCAGUGACCAGAAUAAAAACAGCAACACCAGACUCAGAGCGGGGGGGGGAAAAGCAGAGUCGUCUCCCCUCUUGUAAUGACACAGCGUCUCCCCCGUAUCUUUUUACCUUUCUCACUCUACUUGUCCGCUCUUUGAGACCUCGGGGAAGAGGUAAUUAGCUGGGAGAGAAUAAAACCAGCUGAUCGGGAGAGGGGUGGUGCAUUCUGGAGAGAGAUGGCUAACAGAAACACUCUCUUGCUCGUCUGUGGAGUCGUCCUCCUAGCGUUGAUUCAGUCCUCUCUUCAAGGAGGUGUGUAUGUGCCACCUGGUUCUGGAUAUAGACCAGGCGCUCCUUUGCCAGGGACUGGCUAUUUUCCAGGGUCAGCUGGAGGUGGUCCUGCAGGCUAUAAACCAGCAAAACCUGGAGCAGUAGGAGGUUAUGGCGGUGGAGGCCGAGGAGCUGGGACCGGCGGUUUGGUACCAGGAGGAGUGGGAACGGGCAGCCUUGGCUACGGAGGGCUGCCAGCAGGACAAGGAGGAAAGCCUCCAAAACCAGGUUAUGGAAAUCUAGGAACUGGGAUCGGCGGUUACGGAGGAUAUGGUGGCGGUACUGGAGGGUUUUACCCGUCACAAAAAGCUGCUGCCAAAGCAGGUGCUGGAGCAGGAGUGGGACCUGGAGGUGCUGGAACUGGACCUGGUGGAGCACCUGUUAUUCCUCAGACAGGCCUUCCAGGAGGAGCCGGUGGUGCAGCAGGAAAGAAAGCUGCCAAAGUGCCAGGUGUGGGUGUUCCUGGACUUUACCAAGGAGGAAUUGUACCAGGAACUGGGUUUGGUGGCCGUGGGGUUCUGCCUGGGGUCGCUACUGGAACAAACCUAAAUCCCAAAUCAAUUGGAGGACAGCAAGGGGGCCAAGUCCCAGGAACCAGAGGGUUUGGUGGGCCAAUGCAGCCAGGUGUAUUCCAUGGUUACCCCCUCAAAUCACCCAAAGCGCAAGGAGGCUACGGUGCUAAACCUGGAGGUGGCAAAGUUCCCUAUGGUUACGGGAGUUAUGGUGUUGGUGGAGCCGGACUUCCAGGAGGAAAAGCUGGUCCUGGAUCAAAGCCUGGUUAUCCUUUCGGAACUGGAGUGGGUCCUGGAGGCUUCUUACCUUCUCAAUCUAAAGCUGCUAAAUAUGGUGCUGGCGUUGGUGGCGUUGGUGGCGUUGGUGGCGUUGGAGGCGUUGGAGGCGUUGGAGGCGUUGGUGGUGUUGGAGGUGUCGGAGGCGUUGGUGGUGUUGGAGGCGUUGGAGGCGUUGGUGGUACUGGUGGACUAUAUCCAGGACAGGUGCCAGGAGGAUAUGGACCUGGGUCCAAGGCUGCUAAAUAUGGAGUACCUGGAGGAGUACCAGGAGGAGUACCUGGAGGAGUACCGGGAGGAGUACCUGGAGGAGUACCGGGAGGAGUACCUGGAGGAGUACCGGGAGGAGUACCUGGAGGUGCACCAAUUGGAGUACCAGGGGGAGGUGGAUACCUCCAACCAGGAAAAGCUGCCAAAUAUGGACUAGGCGGAGUCGGGGGAACGGGAGUAGCAGGAAUAGGAGGAGUGGGAGGAAUAGGAGGAGUGGGAGGUGGUGGAUACUCUCCUGCAGGCAAGGCUGCCAAGUAUGGUGUUGUACCAAGAGUUGGUGGAGGAGUCGGUGGUGCAGGCGUUCCUGGAACACAGUUUCUACCUGGAUAUGGAUCUCCUCAAACAGGCCUCGGAGGAGUAGGAGUCCCUGGUGGAGGAGGACAGGUGCUACCCGGCGGUGGCUAUGGUGGUUAUGGAGGCGGCGCAGGGGUCAAACCUCCAAAGUAUGGAGUUCCAGGAGGAGUUGGAACAGGAUUUGGAUAUGCAGGACUGGGAGGAGCAGGAGGAGCAGGAGGAGGGCCUUUUGUCCCAGCAGGGGGACAAUACUCUGCAGCAGCAAAAGCUGCCAAAUAUGGAGUUGCAACAGGAGGUGCUGGAACAGGAGUGGGAGCAGGAGGAACAUUAGGAGCCCAAGGAGCCGGACAAUAUUCUGCAGCAGCCAAAGCAGCUAAAUACGGAGUCACAGGUGGUGCUGGGACAGGACUGGGAACAGGAGGACUUGGAACAGGAGGACUGGGAACAGGAGGACUUGGAACAGGAGGACUGGGAACAGGAGGACUGGGAACAGGAGGACUUGGAACAGGAGGACUUGGAGGAGUACAAGGAGGUGGACAGUACUCUGCUGCUGCAAAAGCUGCUAAAUACGGUGGUGCUGGGACUGGACUGGUACCAGGAGUAGGAGGAGGGACUGGACUGGUACCAGGAGUAGGAGGAGGGGCAGGACUGGUACCAGGAGUAGGAGGAGUACCAGGAGGUGGACAAUACUCUGCUGCUGCAAAAGCUGCUAAAUAUGGUGGUGCUGGAACAGGACUGGUACCAGGAGGAGUCGGAGGAGGAACAGGACUGGUACCAGGAGGAGUGGGAGGAGGAACAGGACUGGUACCAGGAGGAGUGGGAGGAACACAAGGAGGUGUCGGACCUGGUGCGACUCCGGACACGUCCGUCAGCGGCAUUGCAAAUGGCUCCCUAUCGGCUGUAAAACCAGGGAAGGAAGUAGGUGUUGGCGGAACUCCUCAGCCAGGGCCCACUCCUAUCGCUGCACUUAAUAAGGCCCCAGAGGUCCCACAGCCCUGCAUUGGCACAACUGGUGGACAAGUUCAACCCGGCGCUGGAGUCAAACCACCAAAGCCAUAUGUACCAGUUCCAGGUGCAGGUGGAUAUGGGUAUCCAUAUGGAGUUCCUUACGGUACUGGUACCGGUACGGGUUUCGGCACCGUGCCUGGGCAGGGAGCAGGAACAGGAGUGAAAUAUCCAGUUGCAGGAGGCAGAGUAGGAAUCCCUCUGGCUGCAGGAGGCUAUCAAAUUGGACAGGCGGGAGCUGGUGGUGGAGUCAAACCACCCAAACCAGGUUAUGGUAACCUUGGAGGAGGAGGAGUUUAUCAGCCAGGUGGUGCUGGGACGGGACUGGGACCUGGAGGAGCACCAGUCGCACCAGGAGGUGGACAAUACUCUGCUGCUGCAAAAGCUGCUAAAUAUGGUCUUCAAUCAGGAGUUGGACCAGGAGGAGUUCAAACAGGUGUGGUUCCUGGUUAUGGUGGAGGAUACCCUCAGCAAUACGCCCCAGGUCAAUAUGCGCCAGCCUCACUGACCCCACAACAAGCCAAGGCAGCAAAGUAUGGUGCGCUGCAGGGCUUCCUUGGCGGCGGAGGAGGCGGAGGAGGCGGAGGCUUCUACAGAGGUGGCGCUGCAGGAUGCCAGGGUAAAUACUGUGGGAGGAGGAAGUAGAGGAUCUCCAGAUCCAGUGACCUCAAGACACCAUGGUGCUACUGCAUGAUCUAGAAUGUACAUUUUAUAUGCAAACAAAGCCCGAUUAGACAACCUGUAUAGAUGUUUGUUGUUGCUUACUUGACUUCAAUGUCUGUUUUUCUACAAACCCACCGACCCAGAAUUUUGUACACGUUUUGUUGUGAACAUAUGUUAUAGAUAGUGCCUUUUGAUUAUCAUGUAUGUGUUCCAGUUAAUCAGCUUUGACUCUUUGUACCCCGUCACAGGAGUUAGAAAUGCUUCGUGUCUUCAGUGAGUGUGUGUUUUUAUUGUGAUGAUCAGGCUGACCUUUGUGUUUUAACCCCUAAGACAAGUGGACGUGUCUCGCCCGUCUGAGCAGAACUCGCCGCCUCUCGGGGAGGGUUGGUUUGGUCAAAGCUCGCCCAAACACUGAUCAGAUCUGUCCAAUCUGCUCCCCGCUCUUCCUCCGCUGCUAUUUUUAGCCGUGCUGAGUGUAAAGCGGCAGGAGCUUGCUUGGGCCAACCCAUCUGCUCUGAGAUUUUGCUGAUUCUUGUUGCUGUGCAGUGAAGUCUUCUCAGCACUUUCUGAUCUUUGAAGAACAGAGAGAUGAACGCAAUUGAAACGUCUUUUAAUGCUUUACAGGGAGAGAAAAGCAGCCGGCCAGACGUAGAUGUCAGGCUGACAUGAACUUUAUGUGUGGUUGAAUGUUGGGUGUGUAGUCUCAUUCAUUAUUAUUUUAUUUUACCUGUUAUAAGUGUUUGGACUCAUAGCUGUAUUGUUAUCAGGAAAGCAUAAAACAAGAACAAUCUUUUUGCAUUUAUCCUCUGUUACUAAUUAUUACAGGCUUUGUUUAAUGGGGGAGGAUGUGCAUUUAUGUGAGGCAUAAAAAUCCUCUUGAUUAUUUACUUGAGCUGCUUUUAUCAGGCUUUACUGACCAAAGGUUUCUGAGUGCUGUUGCCAAUGUGACCGCAUCUCUCCGUGUGUAACUAUGUACUGUAUUUUUUGACUAAUUUUGAUGUUAGCUGGCUUCAGUUUCUUCCACUCGGGGCUGCGUGAGAACUGUCUUUGAGCCUCGCCGGGUUGGACCAUGUCAGAUGUGACGUGGGACGCUCUUCAUCUUUAUUUAAAACUGUUGUCAGAAGGAGGAAUGGUGUGGUUUUGCACUUUUUUUUAUGAUCUCCACGACACAUGCGACUCGAUCCUAGACAUCCUGGCAAUGUCUUUUCUUUAACAGAUAACAAAAUAAAUGUGUUUAAAGAAGUUGUUUUC